GCUACAACCAUAUCCCAGUCUUUUUAAUUUGUUAGCAGUAUCUACACGUACGUUAGAUUUCAUAAGACAUGUGAUGUGGAAUACAGAAGAGAAAAUGGUUUAAAGAUGUCCAAUCAAUGAAAUUUUGCCUUUCCAAUUUAGAGAGGAAAAUAACAUAAAUGGUGAAUGAUCUAACUACAGUAUAACCCUAUGAGAACCAUGUCCUGUGAUGCAUCAGCAUCCCUGUCUGAUAACACCAGGUGUUCAACCCAGAAAGUGUGACCUUACCUUCACUUGGCAACACAAGGUCAAACCAAAGUGGGAAAUCCCAGAGGGCGCCUGCAUUGCGGCUCCACUCCCGAGUUCGCGAAAGAGCUGAGCCAAACAAAACAGAGCCCAGCGUUACCCUUGCCCUCUAUGUGUUUGCCAGCAUGUUUCGUUUAACUCGGUGCCGUUCAAAGUCAUAUCCCUCUCUUCUGUGCAUUACAGAAAGGAUCCCGUCAUGAUGUGUCAAGAAUAACAGCAUAAAAAUCAUACUGCAUAUGUAAUUCAACAUCAACAAUAUUCUAGGCCAGAUAUGUGAAUUUUAAAUGUUACAAAAAAAAAAGAAACGACAUCAUAUGCCACAAGUAAUGUUUGGAUAUUGUUUCAUGGUUAUAUUUAUUUUAUUUAACAGUUUUUAUUCUUCUUUGCAAUGGAUCGACACCUGGUGUUAGGUGCAAGCUAACUAACCCUGCACUCAAUGUCUCUAGUGUAGGAUCCAGACCUCCAUGACCCCUGACUUGGACGAGUAUGAAUGUUUGAUAGGUCUAACAUGAAUAAUUUGUGGCCCUGAUACUUACGAGUCCUACGCGGGAAGAACAGGAAACACCAUCACUGGGGCAGUAAUCACUUCCAUGGUUUUUAACACUGUUCAUUUUAUGUGAUGGGCCAUCUUUCAUUAUUGACAUACAAUUUUCUGGUGAUUUUGAGGGCAUUAUUUAGGGAUGUAUCCUCUUUACAUUUGGCUCCGCACUCUUAUUGUUAGAUUUUAGCAGAAUGUUACAGUGCUACAUGUCCAGUACAAUUUACUCAUUUGACUUUGAUUCCAUUAAAUUGAGGAGGCAGCUGCCCUUAGAAGUGACUCGGGGGACUCGGAGGCAAACAAUUCCCUCUUUCAAGUGAAUCACAAUCUGGGAUGUACUCCAGAGGUCCUGGAACGAACAAAUGAGAAGAUACUUCGGGAAGCACGAUCUGAUGAACCGAAGAGAAAUCAGGAAUGAAAUAACUGAAAUAUCAGGAUACAAGAAUGUGUGUUCUUUAAAGAUGGGAGGACUGAAAGGAAGCCCAGUUGUGUUUCUGCAGUAACGAGGAAAGGUGGCUUCGAACAAUGGGAGCUGGUUGCUCUUCUGGAGUUUGUCCAUCAAGGAAGUCAGAUAAACUGAAAAACAGCAAGAUCAUAUUUGUUGUGGGUGGACCUGGCUCUGGAAAGGGGACCCAGUGUGAAAAGAUUGUAGAGAGAUAUGGCUUCACUCACCUGUCAUCUGGAGACCUUCUUCGUGCUGAGGUCAGCUCGGGGUCGGAGAGGGGCAAGCAGCUGGCUGCUAUCAUGGAGAAGGGAGAGCUGGUUCCCCUGGACACAAUCUUGAAUAUGAUAAAGGAAGCCAUGAUUGCCAAAGCCAGCACGUCCAAGGGCUUCCUGAUUGACGGCUAUCCCCGUGAGGUCAGGCAGGGCGAGGAGUUUGAGAAGAAGAUUGGAGCCCCCUGCUUGCUUCUGUACAUCGACGCCAAGGCAGAAACCAUGUUGAUGAGGCUGAUAAAGCGUGGCGAGACCAGUGGCCGCUCGGAUGACACGGCACAGACCAUAAAGAACCGUUUGGAGCUGUACUAUAAAGCAACGGAGCCUGUGAUCGCCUAUUACCAAGGCCGUGGAAUUGUCCGGAAGAUUAAUGCCGAAGGUUCUGUGGAUGAAGUCUUUAGCCAAGUAGCCAAUGCUAUCGAGUCCUUGCAGUGAAUGCAUCGUGAGCGGAACAGCUGCUUUUUUCCUGGCUUCUUCUGGCCCAGUAUGCCUCUAUCAGUUCACCGUUCUCUGUUAUUAAAUGCCAUUUUUUAAAAGUAACCAAAAAGUGGUCUGUCAUUUCAGCUGUUUCCAUUGUGCCUGUGACCAAAAAUGUCAGAAAAUGUUGGACUGGCCUCGGGUUUCCACGCGAACACAAUCGCCGCCCUGUCCCUUAUGG